CGGACUCAGGAGAGGUGAAGGUCUAAAGCCAUGCUUCCUCCGAAACACGACCCUGCCAUGCCACACUGCUUCUUGACACACUGCUCGCUUAACCGUACACCGUACAACUGGCCACCGCGUCAGCACCCGGCCAACCACAGGAGUCGCUAGAGCAUGAUGGGACAAGGACAUCCUCUAGUAUUUACUUGUUGAUGGCUACUUCCCAGUAAGGGGACUUAUACAGACGUCUUUUGGACGUCUUCUUUUGGUCCUGACUGGACCCGCCUUAUUUGUUUGGUGCGGUCCGGACUGGCUUUAAUAUCAUUGUCCAUGGACUGGAUUCUAAAAACACUGCUACGAAAAAGUCGUAGUUGUAUCGAAAUGGCGUGUUUUAGGGAAUCUCAUCCCCACACGUUGAUUUCUGGACAUCCAUGUUUGGUUCAGAUUUGGUACGAUCCAGACUGGCAUUGAUUUGGCCCAAACAUGGACAUAUACUGUAUGUUUGGUUUAGAUUUGGUCGGGUCCCCGUUCCAUGUAAUUGAUCUAUUCCAGAGCUAGCACACCUGAUUAAAUUUGUCAACACAUCCUCAAGCUCCUGAAUCUCAGCUAGCUGUUGUAAGAUGAAUGCACUAACUGUAAGAAUAUCUGAUAAAUUACUCAAAUGUUAACAUAGAGCACAACAGAGUACAGCACAUAACAGUACAGUAAAAAAAGUAGAGAAAUUAUUUUCAAAAUUCAUUCAGAACAGAAAAUUAACCUGAUUCCAAUGUCCGGAAAAUAAUCACUGUCAACGUCGGGAAAAUACGUACUUUCAACGUCCAGAAAAUACAUACUUUCAACAUCCGUAAAAUACGUAUUUUAAACUUCACCUUUCAUUCAGAACCUAGAAUGAACCUAACUUCAACAUCUGGAAAAUAUGUAAUUUUGCUUACUGGGUUAAGACUUUUGGGAACACACUGAAAAGUAUCUUGACACUGUUGAUCAGUUGUCUGUUUCCUGUGUUGAUCUAACUAAUUAGCUAGCUAGCAUAUGUACACUCACAUCAAUGUAGAGAAAAUAUUUAAAUCCAUGUAUUUGUUUGUGGCCUUUUAUAAAGACAGCGCCCCAAUUUUCCCUUGCCAUAAGAGUUUGAAAAUGACAACUGCUUUCUAAGUCUUGCGACCGACAUCCCCAUAUGAUAAAAUAAACGGUACCAAACCAAAAACAUGAAUCUGUUUAAAACAAUCGAUUUAGUGUAAAUCUUGAUGACUAUAAACUUUUAAUAUUAACAUCACCAAUCUGAGGUAAAAACGAUGAGUACUGUAACUUGUGAAAAUGGGAGCUUGUGUAAGGCACGAACACAAACUGUCGACAUUAGGGAAAUUAGCAGAUUAUAAAAUAAUUUAAUAUGGCAAAAAUAAUUCAGUUUUGGAUGAUAGUUAAUGUUGUCACAUUUAAAAAAUCCAAACAUUUAGAGAGUUUAGAAAUGCUCCUAAACAUAAUUGAACUAGUAGCUCCAGACUAGAGCUAAUAUAGUCUGCUUGAAUGUUUGAUGUCCCUAAUAGUAUAGUUAUCCUUACAAUACAAAUGGUAAAAGGGACCCAUGUCUGUCCCUGUUCUAUGAGAGACUCACUGUCUUUCUAAUCUAAAUGCUGUAACAGUGACAAGGCAUUCGAUGCGACAGAGAAGGACUGAGGCAAAAUGAAGCCUGAUCGCUUAACUGACUGUGUUCUAAUGAGAACACAACAUGACAUGAGACCGAGGGGGAGAAAUGGAAAGGAGGAAAUGUUCUAUAACAAUACUACAAACAAUGUCCUACAUGGAAAACAAUUAGGCAAUUCAAUACGCUUAAUGUUUCGCCAAAUCGGGGAACUUGGUGAGAUAAUGUUCAUUGAAAGCUUUUUUUGUUGUUGCAGUUUUGUGCACGUCUUUCUAUUCUAAAUACAUGAGUAAUGUACUGUAGUGUGCAUAAUCCCAGCAGAAUCUUAGAAAUUCCUUUUCUCCUACGUGGUUUUACAAGUUUAUCAACUUUCAAAGCAGCAUAAAUUAAUAAACGGUAAAAAAAAACAAGAUCAUCUCACAUGGACGUACGUGUUGAGUAACAUGUGUUGCAAUCAGACUUUAGCCUUUAAUCAAAUACGGUAACAUGGCAAAUAAGCCAUUGAGUCAUUGCCACCAGCUCAAACCGCACCUCCAUAUUACUUCAACACCAGUGCAACAUAUUUGGAUGAAUCCAUUUAACUGUGACCAUGAUAGAAGACAAUGACUCCAGCACAAUGAACAUCUUGGAUAUUGAUGACGACAUGUAUGUCAAGCCCAGAACAAGACAUGGCUUUCAAUAUUCAGUACAUUUUCAGCGGUGGAAGAGCUCAUUCAGAGGUGCUGCAUUGUGUCUUGGAUUGCUGUGUAUUCUCCUACUGGCUGGGAUCAUAGGCCUGUGUGUCAACUUCACUGGUCAGCAUUACUGUGACGAAAGAGACCAGCUACAAAUCAGUAAUAACAACCUGACUAAAGAGAGAGACCAGCUACAAACCAGUUAUAACAACCUGAUUAAAGUGAGAGACCAGCUACAGACCAGUAAUAACAACCUGGCUAAUGAGAGAGACCGGCUACAGACCAGUAAUAAUAACCUGGCUAAUGAGAGAGACCAGCUACAGAGGGAGACAGAGAAGAUGAACAACAAGAUCAAAGGAAAUUUGGCGUUGAACGGAGUGGCCACUCAGUCAUCACUGUAUGGGAAUCGCGAAGCUUCCGAUGCCAUUGAUGGGAAAAGAAACACACACUAUGGAUCCUGCACCCAUACUCUGAAAGACAGAAACCCGUGGUGGAGAGUGGACCUGCUGAAUGUGUACAGAAUAACAGAGGUCACCCUCACCAACAGAGGAGACUGCUGUCCUGAGAGGCUUGAUGGUGCUGAGAUCCGCAUCGGUAACUCACUGGAGAACAACGGCAUCAACAACCCCAGAUGUGCCGUCAUCUCCCACAUCCCAGCAGGAGAGGCCCACACCUUCCAGUGCAAUGAGAUGGAGGGUCGCUAUGUUGUUGUGGUCAUCCCUGGCAGGUCGGAAUGGCUCACUCUGUGUGAGUUGGAAGUUCAUGGUACUCCUGCAGUUACUGGUGAGCAUUCCGGUGCAGCGAGAGACAGCUUACAGACCAGCUACAACAACCUGACUAAAGAGAGAGACCAGAUACAGAGGCAGACAGAGAAGCUGAACAACAAGAUCAAAGGAAAUUUGGCGUUGAACGGAGUGGCCACUCAGUCAUCACUGUAUGGGAAUCGCGAAGCUUCCGAUGCCAUUGAUGGGAAAAGAAACACACACUAUGGAUCCUGCACCCAUACUCUGAAAGACAGAAACCCGUGGUGGAGAGUGGACCUGCUGAAUGUGUACAGAAUAACAGAGGUCACCCUCACCAACAGAGGAGACUGCUGUCCUGAGAGGCUUGAUGGUGCUGAGAUCCGCAUCGGUAACUCACUGGAGAACAACGGCAUCAACAACCCCAGAUGUGCCGUCAUCUCCCACAUCCCAGCAGGAGAGGCCCACACCUUCCAGUGCAAUGAGAUGGAGGGUCGCUAUGUUGUUGUGGUCAUCCCUGGCAGGUCGGAAUGGCUCACUCUGUGUGAGUUGGAAGUUCAUGGUACUCCUGCAGUUACUGGUGAGCAUUCCGGUGCAGCGAGAGACAGCUUACAGACCAGCUACAACAACCUGACUAAAGAGAGAGACCAGAUACAGAGGCAGACAGAGAAGCUGAACAACAAGAUCAAAGGAAAUUUGGCGUUGAACGGAGUGGCCACUCAGUCAUCACUGUAUGGGAAUCGCGAAGCUUCCGAUGCCAUUGAUGGGAAAAGAAACACACACUAUGGAUCCUGCACCCAUACUCUGAAAGACAGAAACCCGUGGUGGAGAGUGGACCUGCUGAAUGUGUACAGAAUAACAGAGGUCACCCUCACCAACAGAGGAGACUGCUGUCCUGAGAGGCUUGAUGGUGCUGAGAUCCGCAUCGGUGACUCUCUGGAGAACAACGGCAUCAACAACCCCAGAUGUGCCGUCAUCUCCCACAUCCCAGCAGGAGAGGCCCACACCUUCCAGUGCAAUGAGAUGGAGGGUCGCUAUGUUGUUGUGGUCAUCCCUGGCAGGUCGGAAUGGCUCACUCUGUGUGAGUUGGAAGUUCAUGGUACUCCUGCAGGGAGACUCUGUCCUGAAGGAUGGAAGACAUCUGUCUCCAGCUGUUACUACACCACCACCGGGAUUAAAACCUGGGAGGAGAGCAGAGAGGACUGCAACGAGAGAGGAGCACACCUGGUGAUCAUAAACAGCAGAGAGGAACAGACAUUUAUCAAUGGGUUAUACGGACCGGGGAACGAGACUUGGAUCGGUCUGAUGAACGUUGACACUGAGGGGACCUGGAAAUGGGUGGACGGCACACCACUAACCACAGCGUAUUGGAGGACUGGAAAGCCUAGCAGCUAUUUAGGGGCAAACCAUAGCAGCUAUUUAGGGGCAACCCAGGACUGUGUGGAGUUUUUCCAUCGUUCAUCAGACCCAGGGGAGUGGAACGACGAGGAAUGUCACAAGUCAAACAACUGGAUCUGUGAGAUAUUUUAAUUCUCAUACUCUCUGCACUGUUACUACAUGUAACUGCCAAAACAAGGAAACAUUUCAAUAAAUGUGUCACGUUCCUGACCUGUU